UCUUUAUAUGCUCUGCUUAAAAACAGAAGAAGAAGAAGAAGAAGCCGCUCAGCUGAUUCUUCCUGAUUCACACAGAAAUGGACCAAUCAAUAGUGAAACCGAGGCCAAACGGGACGUGACGUGCGGUUUGUCUCUCCUGGACCAAAUGUUCACGGUCAGGUGCAUUUGGGGAAUUUCUGCAAAAAAAUUGACUCCUCUUCCAGUUUGGAGACCACAGAUCAAGCCACAGAGCAGGAUGUCCUCCUCGGCUCGCCCGGUGGCCGCGGUGUGUCAGCUGACAGUCACCCAGGACAAAGAGGCCAACUUCUCCGCCUGCGAGCGGCUGGUGGAGGAGGCCAAGGAGCGGGGCGCCCGCAUGGUCUUCCUCCCGGAGAACUUUGACUACAUCGGCUCCAGUCCGGAGGAGACGCUGUCGCUGUGCGAGAGCCUGACGGGAGAAACCAUCUCGAGAUACACUCGGCUGGCCAGGAAGUCGGACGUGUGGCUGUCUCUCGGAGGAUUUCACGAGCGAGGACAUGACUGGGAGUCGGACAGACGCAUCUACAACACUCACCUCAUAAUUAACAAUAAAGGGGACGUGGUUUCGGUUUACAGGAAGUCCCACUUGUUUGACGUGGAGCUGCCAGAAAAAGGAGUCUCCCUUAAAGAAAGCGCCUUCACCAUCCCCGGACCCUGCCUGGUGCCUCCGGUCCAAACUCCCAUCGGCAAGGUGGGCCUGGCCACCUGCUAUGAUUUGCGAUUCCCCGAGUUAUCGCUGGCUCUGCGGCGGCGCGGGGCGGAGGUCCUGACCUACCCUUCGGCCUUCACCGUGGCGACGGGGGCGGCUCACUGGGAGGUGCUGCUCCGCGCCCGCGCCAUCGAGAACCAGUGCUUCGUGCUGGCGGCGGCGCAGGUCGGCCGGCACGGCGAGAGGCGGCGGUCGUACGGCCACGCGCUGGCGGUGGACCCGUGGGGCGAGGUGCUGGCCGACUGCGGGGGGGAGGGGCCCGGCGUGGCGCUGGUGGAGAUCGACCCGGAGAAGGUCGGCAGCACCAGGAGGAACAUGCCGGUCCAGCGGCACCGCAGGGACAGCGGGUUCUACCGCGGGCUGCAGGAGGCUUGACCCCCGCGGGGGGGGGGGGGGGCGGGGGGGGCUGU